UAUCCUGAAGAAGGUGCAAUAGUCUGCAUGGAGUCCCUGCAUAUUAAGGCUCAUGAAGACCUGCAAUGAUGACGUGUUAAUUAUGCCCAAAAGUUUUCUCAGUUGUAUCUCGUCAGUUAGGAUUUUGCUCUAGUGAGUGUAAUAUUGGUUGAAUUCCUGAAAUUCUUCAAGAGCAUUUUCGGAAAUCUCGGCGCUACCAUGCCAGUGUACAGUGGCUAACCCUGUGCUUUGACCCCAGCUUUCUGAAUGGUUGGGUUUGAUUUGUUAAUAACGUUUUAGAAAUGUCAGAGUCUUCAGAGAGAGACACCCCACUGCUGCAGCUUCAGGAGGUCGAUUCGAGCCGAACAGGAGGCUGCACUCUUACAUCCAGGAUGAAUUCCUCAUCCUCCUCCCCAACCGUGACGGCGGAGAGCCACCCCAUCUGCAUUCCCUCACCCUAUGCGGACAUCGGGCACGAUUUCACCGCACUGCCUUUCUACAGCUCCGCCCUGCUCGGCUACAGCGGGCCCCCCCUACCUGAUUGUCCCUCGGUGCGUCAGUCACUCAGCCCCACAUUCUUCUGGCCCUCUCAGAGCCACAUGGCACCCCUGACACUGCAUCGUCCACAAUCCCACUGCCAGCAAAACCAGCAGAGCAAUGGCACCUGGCAAGAGCUCACAUCACGGAGUUACACAGCCAGUGACAGCAGCAAACCCAUAGGGAAACGAUCAGUGGAGUGUGAGGAGAGCUUCAGUUCCCCAGAGGGCAAAACAGACAUGCACUUCUGCGCUGUGUGUAGUGACUAUGCCUCUGGCUACCACUAUGGUGUCUGGUCCUGUGAGGGAUGCAAAGCCUUCUUUAAAAGGAGUAUCCAAGGACAUAACGACUACAUCUGUCCUGCAACCAACCAGUGCACCAUAGAUAAGAACCGGCGCAAGAGCUGCCAGGCCUGUCGGCUUCGCAAGUGUUAUGAAGUCGGGAUGAUGAAAUGUGGUAUGCGACGGGACCGUGGUAGCUACAAUCGUGGGGGCUCUCAGCAGAGGAGAAUGGCCCGUUCUCCUGCCAGAGCAGUAACGAGCAGUCAGAGACAACCAGAACGGAAAGUAGCACCAACUGCCAGGGUAAAGGAGGUUUUUACUGCUGCACUGAGCCCAGAGGAGCUGAUAGCCCGCAUCAUGGAUGCAGAGCCCCCAGAAAUCUACCUAAUGAAGGACAUGAAAAAGCCCUUCACUGAAGCCAACGUCAUGAUGUCACUCACCAACUUGGCUGACAAAGAGCUUGUCCAUAUGAUCAGCUGGGCCAAGAAGAUUCCAGGUUUUGUGGAGAUCAGCCUCUAUGACCAAGUGCACCUGUUGGAGUGUUGCUGGUUGGAGGUCCUGAUGUUGGGACUAAUGUGGAGAUCUGUUAAUCAUCCUGGAAAGCUCAUAUUCUCCCCAGAUCUUAUCCUCAGCAGGGAUGAGGGCAGCUGUGUGCAGGGCUUUGUGGAAAUUUUUGACAUGUUGUUGGCGGCCACGUCCCGAUUCAGAGAACUGAAGUUACAGAGAGAGGAGUAUGUUUGUCUCAAGGCCAUGAUCCUCCUCAACUCUAACAUGUGUCUGACUUCAGCCGAGGCAGACGAUGAACCUCAGAGCAGGACCAGACUGAUGCAGCUGCUGGACUCUGUAACGGAUGCCCUGGUCUGGUCCAUCUCGAAGAUGGGCCUGAGCUUUCAGCAGCGCUCCACACGCCUGGCCCACCUUCUCAUGCUGCUCUCACACAUACGUCACGUCAGUAACAAAGGCAUGGACCAUCUGCACUGCAUGAAGUUGAAGAAGGUAGUGCCUCUGUAUGACCUGCUCUUGGAGAUGCUCGAUGCCCACAUCAUGCACAGCUCACGUCUGCCCCACUCCACUGGGGCUGUCACGUCUGACGAGGAACCUGGUGCACCGGAGCCCUACAGCUAUUCAUCUCAGCAGUGGGCACAGUCGGUCAUGGAGGGGGCUGUGGAGUUUAGCCAAAAUGUUCUCAAAAGUGACCUUAGCAUGGUGAAGACAGACUGAAGCAAGAUGUUCUUAACCAGAGCAACCAUAAAGCUCAGGAACAUCAGUCUGGACCUGGAUACUCAAAGAACUGGACCAAAUCAGCUGUAUUAUAAAGCCUUACAGUGUGUAGCUUUGUGAAAAUAAAGGUGUCACAGGUAAACAUCCCUGGAGGUCGUAUUUGUAUGUACUGGUUUUUGCAAAACUCUCUGCAUUUAUUGUAUUUCUUUUUUUUUCCGCCUGAGACUUUUCUUUUUAUAUAUAAGCCAAGAUUUUGUUUCUUGAUAUACUGUUAGAAGACUUUUCCACUGUGAUGAUAAUGUUUAAAUUACAGCUUUAAUGAAAGUGUGACAUGUGUCACUCCUGCACUAUAAAACAUGUAAUGAUAUCCCCUACCAAACAGGAAUUAUGAUAAACACCAUUUUGUGCCUGUACUAAUCAUGCCUUCUGUGCUUGUGCACACAUAUAAUGCCUUUUGUAAGGUGUAAGAUACCUUAUCAAAUGGUAAGAAACAGGGUAACUUAGUCUACGCACAAAAUGCACGUAUAUUUACAAUGAUAUGAGUUAUACCAGCUGACAACAUGCAACAAAAUCGUAAAUGUAUUGUAUAAUAUAACGAAUGUAACAUAGAGAAGAAUGACAAAUUAAAGGAAAAAAACAAAGAUGGCUCUGCCUGGUUUGGUUUGAAGCCAUUUCGCCCCCCAGACAGAAGGGUCAUGGCAAAUAAAUACAAAGUUCUCCUGACUGAGCAGCUCUACCCUAUGACGAAACCGCUGUUCUGAUUGGGGUGGACUCUUUAGGCAUGAAAAUGCUCUGCUUUGCGAUUUUAUUCAUUUUAUUUUGCUUAAUAUUAAUUAUUUAUAUUCAUAUUCAAAAAGCACCAAACUAGCCUUUUCUGGUUACCAAAACCACAAACAUAUAAAAACAUACAUAAAGCUUAUAUGUGUGGAUUUUGAUUUUAGCAGGAGCCUCUGAGACCAUAGGUCAUGUUCAGUUCAGGCAAAACUCCACAUGAAUGACUGACUAUGCAAACCAAGUUUUUACUUUAAUAAAUCGCACCUUUUUGCGAUUGUAGAACCGCACAGGUUCAUAUUGCGAUUACGAAUGCGAUUUUUAUGUGAUUAAUUGUGUAACACUAAUUUACAGGGAACAGGAGUUCAGUGAAUGUCUCAAAAAAAGUAUGAACUCGUGCUUUUUCCUUAACAGUCACCAAAGCUUGUUUCAAUGCUAGCGAUGUUGCAAAUCUUUUAUUUAAAUGUUAGCGGCAAGCACAACAAGCGAGCAAUUUUGCUGACUCUAGAAUUACUAGAAAGAAUUUGAGCGACCCAUUCCAUAUUGAGUCAAAAUCUUUUUUUAAAUGGCCAUCACAAACUUUAAGUUGGUUGUAAUAAAACUGCCCCAGCCCCAGCCAUAAGCGGUUCUUUGCUCCAGCCCAGCAAAGUUUUGGUGCCGCCAUGGAGCCGGUUUUUCUGUCUGAGAGCCGAGCUUUGACCUAGCUCUGGAAGUGCCUUUUUAGAAAAGGGGUAUAAGGGAUUUUGCACAGAUGUGUACCGUUAGACAAAAUUAUGGAAAUCUUUUGGAAGAAUUGUUGACUGUUCUAGUGGCUGGUAGUGAUGUAACCCCUUGGUGAGGCAGUUGUGUUUUCCUUUACUUUGUCAAAUGUCUAUAUGCACUAUAAUGCAAAGAAAAACCCUUAAGGACAGCUGGUUUUACAUUUACCAAUGACCAAACGUACACAGCCAAAAAGACAUGUUCAAGUAGUAAGAAAAGCGCCAACCCUGCUACCAGUGACAUGAUGAAAUGCACUGCCAUAGUUUACAAAAUUACAUUGCACUUGUUGCUGUAUGUGUAAAGCCAGAAUUGUUGAUAGCGGUUUAGUACAUGGCUUCCCAACGCUUAAUCACAGGCAGCUUUUACUCCAAAGCAUCAGCAUUCCAUUAUUUUCCCCAAUUUAAAAAUAUCAGCUGUUGUACACCAAACCACUUUGGCAGACAUUUCCAUAAGAAAAGAAUACAAUUAUUUUGUAAAUUUUUCAAAAUAAAAGUAUGCAGCAAUUUUGAAAGGAUAAGAACAAACUUUUAUAUUCGCCCUAGGAGACUGUGCAACAUUUUGCAACAGUAUCCAAUAGCCUGUUUUUUCCCCUUUAUUUCUCAAUUCUUGCUGCAGCUUUAGGGCUUUUAUUAACAGCAAGAGCUUAUGGAGACAUUUUGAGAAAUUCAUGACAGGUAAAAAUGGCUGUUAUUCUUAGGAUUAAGAUCAUGUUACAACAGUAGCAUUUGAAUGCCUUAGAAUCCAUGAUAGAUAGAUGUGCGAGUUCUUUAUCACAUGCCGUGAUGUAAAACCUGCUUUGAUUUUACUGUAUUAUUUUAAGGCAAAACAUGGAUUUAUUUUUUUUAACUGACCUGGAGAGAUGAUUAUGUAAACUGUUACAGGAUCAGAUAGCAGAUAUGUAUCUUUAUAAGACCCAAAUGAAUAAUGUCUUUUAAUCUACACAGAAAUGUCUGUAAUCUUUAUUUCGAUUUGUAUAUCGUGAAUAUCACACAUUGCCAGUGAAUAGGGAUGUUAUAACUUUUGUUUAGUACCAUCAAUGCGCUGCUAUGUAUCAGUUACAAUCUUGUUAUAAAACAUUCAUGAAAAGGA